AUGGUGGAGCAGAUCAAACCUUUCGGACCUGUCAAGGAGGGAGAGGCUGACAUGAAAGUCUCAUAUUUACUGGAUAGUGUCUCUCUGGAAUUGAAUAUGGGGAAAAUAAAUGGAGUUUUACCAGAACUAGCUCAUCAAAUCCAAUGCAUAAAACCGAGCAAAACAAGGGCUGAAGAUCGUUGGGUUUGGAUCCCUAACAAAUCAGGAGUGUAUUCCGCAAAAUCUGGUUAUCACAUCGCAGGAAAAAGCGAUACACAACCACAAGAUCAGAUACAGCAACAAGCAACACAAGCAUGGACCAAUGCAAUCUGGAACGGUUUCUUCUCCCCUAAAUUACAAGUCUUCCUGUGGAGAUGUGCCCAAGAUGCGCUAGCUACGGGGGAUAAUCUCAAUAAGAGAGGGCUCAAUAUCAACACAAAUUGCGUACACUGCAGAGAUCCGGAAACAAUUGCACAUCUCUUUUUUCACUGCCCUUAUGCUAGGAAAGUGUGGUCUCUUGCACCUUUCAGGAUUCCUUUUGAUCCCCUGCUCAUGCAGGAUUUCAAAACGGGAAUUAUAAAUGGGAAAAAGUUUGAGUGCCUCCCCCCAGUUGGUAUUUGUGACGGACCUCUCUUCCCAUGGGCAACCUCGGACGCUCGGGAAUGGUACGUAACACAGCGAGAGGGUAAACCAGAAAGAGGACCACAUAAUAAAACUGCACUGCCUCCCAAGCCACCGCUCGACACCAUCCUCUGCUUUACCGAUGGAGCAUGGAAGGANNANACUCUUUUAGCAGGACUAGGCUGGAUUCUUCAAACAGAAAACUGCAACACAACAACCCCUAUCACUGUUGACCAAGGAUCGCAACCAAAGUCUUUUGUUGUGUCCUCACUGAUGGCCGAAGCGCUGGCGGUUCGUCUCGCCUUCUUCAGGGCACUAGAAAGGGGAAUCAAAAAGCUAAGAGUACACUCUGACUCACGGACGCUAAUGGGGGCUAUCAACUCAAGAAACACUAACAAAGAAAUUGCAGGAGUUCUCCAAGACGUUACAAACCUCAUCCCUAAGUUUGAUUUCAUUGACUUCCACUAUGUACCGCGAGACAGAAAUAGUUUGGCUGAUGCUCUUGCUAAACUAGCUGUAAGAUCGUGUCCUGAUGUAAUACGUUCAACUUGA